AUGGCAAUCCGGGAGACCUGGCACCGCAUGGUGCGGAAAUCCUUCUCCUCCUCCUCCUCAACCGCACGCAGCGACGACGGCGACGACACACCACAGCAGCAGCAGGCACACCAGCAGGCAUCUCGCCGACGCCCAGCCAAUGGCAGUAGUGGCAGCAACGGCGCCAAGGAGGGCGGGAGCGGCGACUCCUCGAGCAGGAAGGCCUCGCCCAAGCGCGACUCCCCGCCCAAGUCGAUCCUCAAGAAGUCCGGCGGCAACGGCGGCGGCUUCGGCGGCGGCUUCCAGCGCCGCCUGCACCCCAGCGAGCGGCCCCUGACCGAGCAGAACCUGCGCCACCAGGAGAUGCUGGGCACCUUCACCAUGAAGUUCGGCCGCAGCCGCCGCUUCAGCCGCGGGGCCCGCAGCAGCUUCUCGGGGAUCAGCCCGCGCUGCAGCGUCGACUCGUCCGCGGGCCCCGGCGCCGCUGGCUGGGGGGUUGAUGACAAUGACGGCGCGGACGGCGGCGGCGCCCCUGGGUACCACGGGCGGGUGAGCUCUGCUGCCGUGGCGCCUGAUGAGGCGCGGAUCGCCGAGGAGAGCUCGUAA